GCGGUGGUCCGUUCGGAGGCGGUUGGUCGGUUACGACGGCCAGAGGCGCGGUUUCCUGAAGGGACAUCCAGAAGGUAGUGCAAGCUACUUGAACUGACAGCUUUUAGCAGUGGUGAACUAUCAAAAUGAGUCGCCGUCGAAAGUGUGCUCCUCCCAUGAGGAUGAAUGAAGAAAAAAAGAAGCAACUCUGCUGGAAUAUGCAUGAUGACCAAAAAAAUGACAUGAUAGAUGUAGAUGUCAUGGAUGAAGACCAUCCUGUUGCUGGUACAAGUUCAACUUCUGCUGUACAUAUUGUGAUAAAUGAUGAUAGUGUGGAUGAAGACUUGACUCACAGAGAAAAGAACACCAAAUCCCCAAAUUUCUCAACAGUCUUAGAUGAAGUAGAAGAUUCUUGUCAUCCAUUGCUAUCUAUAGCAAUACAGCUAAAUAUCUUGAUACUUCCUUAUCAGCCUGAUUCUCCCUGGAAAACUUUGCUUGGAGAAUUUACACUCCAGCUUCUUCCUGAACAACAUUUAAAUGGCAAUAUCCAGAAAAAAGGGUUGACCUUGAUGACAGCAGAAUUUAGUGAUCAUCUGCAUCUUCUUGUCCAUGAAAAUGAUAUUAUAAAAGUGGACAAAGGGGAAGAAUCAUUACCGAGUAUUUACGAACUAGAUGUUUUAGUUGAAUCAUCUUUAAAUAAUGAAAUUAUGGAAAAUUUAAUGUGGCUGCAGAAGAAAAAAAUAAUUGUACUGUAUCAAAGUUCUGGAGAUACUCGUUCUGUAAAGGUAGUAAAUUUAUAUAAUUAAUAGAAUAUAUCUACUGCUGAAUAUAUUUGAAAGUAAGAAUAUGUAGAAAGGUGCUUGAAUAGAAUAUUGUGACUAAUGUGUUUUAUAUGUACAUGGAAAAUAUGUUAGUAUCAAAGACAGGAAUCUUUUCUUCAGUUCAAUUUAUUCUAUAUACAUAAUAGAUUUUACUAGAUUUUAUUCUUUUGCAGGAUCUAUUAACUAGCAUCUCUGAAUAAAAUGUUAAUUAUGACACCUAAAAUAAUAAUAAGAUUUGCCCCAGCAUAUCUUAGAGAAUACAGUUUUCAUAUGCUUUAAAUUUUCUGUUGGCAUGUGCUAAUAAAAUUUCCUUCCUGUAGAGGAACUAUAACUUAUUAUACAGACUUAUAACUUGCCUAUUUCUUUAAGCUUGAGGAAUUCUUUACCUGUAAAUUGGCUUUUAACUUUAACUGAAAUCUUUACUAAGUAAAUUAAUGUGUGUUUGUGUGUAUAUAAUAUAAGUUACUAACUAAUUAAAAAGGAAAUGCUUUUGAUAUAGCCAUAUUGUUAUAAACAAUUCUUUUACAAAAUCAUUAACAUUUUUUAAAUUUAGCAAAUUUUA